CUCUAUAGUGAGACUAGUUCAGGAUUAAAGACGAUCCAACGCGGUAUAAAUGGUUGUUUAACUUCGAUGGCAAUUUAUGAUGUUAAAACUGAAAAUUGGGAUCCGAUUCUUGUGUUUUUGUGUCUCCAACGACUGCCAAAACUUACUCAGACCCUUUGGGAGCAAAGUGUAAAGGAUAAAUCCUCUCUUUCGUCUUGGAAAGACUUGGAUGCUUUUCUCACUGAGAGAAUUCGUACGCUCAUGUGUCUUUAUGACAUGCGUGGCACAGAUAGGUCGAAGCAGUUUUGUAAUAGACAAGUUCAAGCACACCAUUCGCAUAUUAAUGUUUUAGGAUCGCCUUCUUCUCCACGCGCUUCGAAAAAUUCAAAUUGCGUCAUUUGUCGAAAUCAACGUCAUAAAUUGUAUGACUGUCCCCGCUUUAAGAGCUUAAAACCCGUUGAUCGGUAUAAAGUAAUUAAACGCCAUCAACUUUGCAUGAACUGUCUUCGUAGCGGUCAUGAAGUAAAGAAAUGCGAUAGCAAACGUAGGUGUUCGAAGUGCAAUAAGGCACAUCAUACAUUGUUGCAUCGGGAAGAUAUUACAUUGGGUAAUUCGUCUCAAACUUCCACCGUGACUUCUAACGUAUCCCCAAAUUCGAGCUCUAGGCAAUCCAAUUCGGGAAACUGUGUAGCAUCCACAUCGGCUGGAUGUGUACCCCGUCAAGUGUUUCACGCCGCACAGAACAAAUCUGUACUUUUAGGUACGGCGGUGGUGAAUAUCGUUCACCAAGGUGUUUUGUAUCCCGCUAGGGCGCUGAUAGAUCCUGCGUCAGAGUCCUCUUUUAUUUCAGAGCGACUCCAAAAUCGUGUGGUUCUUCCCGUAUCUCCUGCUAAUGCUGUUGUAUCAGGAGUUAGUGGUUCGCUUUCGGCAACUGCUAAUAAAAGCUGUCGUAUACAAAUAAGCAGUCCACUCGAUAAUUCUCUAACAUUAGAAACAAGUGUGUUAGUGUUGCCUACUAUUUCAGAAAAUCUUCCGUCAUUUGUGACCAAUUCAGUCUUGAGGCCCCAAAUCCCCGACCUUCGCUUGGCAGAUGUCAAUCUUUUUUAA